AUGACCCGUCGAGAAGCCUUUUGCAGACACUGGAUCGUGGUCUGGGGCCCCGCGCAGGAUGUCGCAUCCGACCGCGUCAUGGCCACCGUGCUCGACGCCGAGAAGCCUGAUUUCGUGGUGUACCUCGGCGACCUCGUGACAGCCAACAACGUGCCGAUCCCCAACGCCACCCUGUACUGGGACAUGGCGAUUUCUCAUUCCCGGCGCAGGGGCAUCCCGUGGUCCACCGUGUUCGGCAACCACGACGACAUGCCCUUCGAGUGGCCGCCUGAGUGGUUCUCCACGGCCGGCAUCCCGCCGGUGCACUGCCCGCCUGCGGCGUCCAUGCCAACCUCAGAGUGCAGCUUCAGAGGGACGCCGCGGAUCGACCUGAUGACGGCUGAAAUGAACCGCGACGGUGCCGACGGGUUAUCGCGCUCGUCGGUCGGCCCCCAGGAGCUCUGGCCCGGCAUCUCCAACUACGUGCUGCGGGUGCUCUCGCAUGAGAAGCAACCAGACCCUGCUCUGCUCAUGUAUUUCCUCGACUCCGGCGGUGGAUCGUACCCGGAAGUCAUAUCCUCUGCACAGGUCCGGUGGUUCUGCUACCAGUCUCAGUCCCUCAAUCCAGAUGGCAGGAUUCCAGAGAUCAUCUUCUGGCACAUACCGAGCACAGCAUACGUCAAGGUGGCUCCAAAGGCCAAGACUGAGAUAACAAAGCCCUGCGUUGGCUCCCUGAAUGAGGAAGAUGUGGCGCCACAGGUAGCCGAAUGGGGCAUGAUGGACGCUCUUGCCAAGAGAUCUUCAGUUAAGGCAUACUACUACUACUUUGUCUGAAACUCUCAUGAACUGCAUGCCGGAUCAUCUCUCGAGUUGUGUAAUGUGGUAACCUUUUGAAGGCGAUCUUCGUGGGGCACAACCACGGGCUGGACUGGUGCUGCCCGUACGAGAAACUGUGGUUGUGUUUCGCGCGGCACACGGGUCACGGCGGAUAUGGUGACUGGCCAAGAGGGGCAAGGAUCGUUGAGAUUGCCGAGAAGCCUUUCUCUGUCCGCUCCUGGAUACGGAUGGAGAACGGGAGCACGCACAGCCAUAUUACAUUGUCUUGAGCUUUUAUUCAGGUAGGAUUCAGACUUGUCUGCACCAUGAUGUGUUGAAUUUGGAAAGUCCAUUGCAAUGCAAACAGUUUGUAACUUUGUAUUUGAGUUAG